CGCAGGGCUCUGAGCUGAAUACGAUAAAAAAUAAAAAGUCUCAAAAUAACUAGAAACAUAAACAAAGUGUGUUGUAUAUUGUAUAAACAAUACAAAUUUAUCUUCGUAUGUACAAUAAAUAAAAAAUUUAACAAUUCAAAAGUGUAUCUGUACGUAAUACAUGUACAUAUGUUUUUACAAGAUAACACUAUAAAGUACGUUUCAUUGUUUAAUAAAUAAAUCACAAGUUAUAAAAAAAAUAAUACCAAUAUUAAUAUUGAAAAAGGAAAAGUACUCGGUGUAAAAUACAUAUUGGAACAUUUCAAGAAGAUUCGUGAAAAAUUUAUUACUGAUGAAAAAAUAAAAAUUUAUGUAUGUAUAAUUGUUGGUACAAUACAAAAUAAACCAAUAUUAUAAUGGUUCGUUUGUGAGAACCCUCGACCAGUUUAUGUACAUAGGUACAUACAUAUGUGUAUAUAUGUAUAACUGUAGGUGCUUUACUUUUAGUUGAUUAGUUGUGUGUUCAAGAAGUUGAAAUACAACUUUUGGUCGAUAGAAGCCAAAGCUGAAGACAAACGAGGAACAAGUAACGAAAUAUAUAACAAGAUCUCUUCGCUGCAGAAUAGUUUCAAACAAGAAUAAAUACAACUCUUAUAAUAUAUUGAACUCGAAAAGAAAAUAACUGCAUGAGAUGGUCCGGUAUAAUCACGUAUCUUGGAAGCAUGGCGAUGAUACAUAACAAGUUAACAAGCUAAAAGCAAAAAAAAAAAAGCUUUCAAUAAACCAUAAUAGUUUUUAUGCAUUUGUGCAUCUAAAACAGCUUCAAUCAUCAGCAGUAGGAUAAUAUACUGUAAUCUUAUAGCAUUUAAAGUUUCCGGAAUAUAAGUUUUCUAUUGAAAGUUAUAUGUGCUUGGAGUAAAUGUGAAUAAUGAAUAAAUUACAAUUUAUAUUCAUAUUUUGGUUUCUUAUGCACUCGAGUGUCUGCAGGGGCGAUUUUGCCUUACGACAAUGUGAACCAAUAAAAAUCGAUUUGUGUCGAAAUAUCGGCUAUAAUGAGACGUCGAUGCCAAAUUUGGUGGGAAAUGAAUUACAAAGUGACGCUGAAUACAUAUUGCAGACAUUCUCGCCACUUAUUGAAUACGUCUGUAGUUCGCAGCUGAAAUUAUUUUUAUGUGCAACUUACGUUCCUAUGUGUACCCCAAAAGUGCCGGUACCUAUAGGACCGUGUCGAACACUUUGCGAAAGUGUACGAUCUCGUUGUCAUCCAGUUCUGCAAGGUUUUGGUUACCCUUGGCCUCCGGCGUUAGAUUGUCAUCGUUUUCCUAAAGAAAAUAAUCAUGAGACAAUGUGUAUGGAGGGUCCUGGUGAGGUGCAAGAAGCUCCUGCUGUAAAGGAAAUGUAUCCAGCAAAUCCUGCUGUUAACACACCAUUUCAACCAGCUACAGUUUCUAGCACAUUCGAAUGUCCAGGGCACUCAAAAUUGUACGUGAAACUACACCGGUCUGGACGUUGUGCUCCGCUGUGCGAAGCUAAUAUUCUAUUUGGACCUAAUGAAAAACACAUUGCUGAACUUUGGACACAUACGUGGACGUAUGCUGCAGCUGGUCUAUCGCUUUUGGCUACCAUUUCUUUAUUAUUCUCCGAUUCCCGAGCUUCCAAAUUACAAGAAUCUAGUCAAAUAAAAGUUUUGUCAUCAUUGAUGUGGUCGCACACAAUGGUAGCAAUUGGUUGGACAGUUCGAUUUAUUGCUGGUAGGACUGCUACAUCUUGUGGAUUUGACCCUCAGUUACCAAAUGUGUCUUUACUCUUAGUAGAUGGACUUUCAAAUGCCCCAUGUGCUACAACAUUUAUUCUUCGAUAUUAUUUUGGAAUGGCGGCUUGUGCAUGGUGGGCAAUUUUAUGUUUAGGAUGGCAUCGUGAUGUGCGUCGUAUUAGUCCCGACUCAUUAGGUCACAUGACACUUGGGACAAAUGUUUAUCCAUCUCUAAAUAAUAGUAGUGUUACUACGAAACUUUCACGCAAAAUAGAUAAUAGUAUAACGAGCAGUAACUUGGCAAGAUUUCUAGCAUGGGGCUUGCCAGCUUUUCAAACAGCUGCAGUGAUUGUUGCACGAUUGGUGGAUGCUGAUGAGUUAUUAGGUGCUUGUUAUGUAGGCAACCAAUCUGACAAGGGACUCCAGAUUUUAGUAGCCACACCAUUGUUUUGUUAUUGGAUAUUUGGAUCUAUGAAUUUAGCUUCCGGAUUUUUAGUUUAUCGUCGAAACAGGGAUAUUUUACGCAAUACGAACUCUACAUCACUGCAAUUAUUACUACAGACGAAAUGUAGUAUUUCCGGAGUGUUCUUAUUUAUUUAUUGCUUACCUUAUGCAUUACUGCUAUUAUCCGUGAUAUAUGAGUUUGCAAACAUCGACGUAUGGUUAAGUGAAUCACCUUACGGUCAAACUCCGGAAUGGCCAUUUUUAACAAGAGCUUUUAUGGAACUAGUGUUAUGUAUUAUUUGCUCUGCAUGCAUUUUGGGACCAAAAAUCUCUUCUUUGUAUAAACGUCAGUUAUCAGCUCCUCCAAAUAAAUUACAAGAACCGAAUAUGCAGGCUGUGCCUGCUCAACAUAAAUUAAUUGGACACAAUUGCAAUAAUCGGGUUUCAAAUAAUGCCUACAGUACCACAUCUUAUCAGACUGUUCGAGAACCAAAAAAAUCUUCCCAAUAUACAAAACAUUUUAAUAAUACAAUUUCAAUGAAUCAGUUGCCCAACUAUUGCCCUGGACGAACUAAAACUCCAAAAAAUCAUGUGAUGUAUCCCCACUUAGUAAUAAAUUCCUCAACUAGUUGCAACACAAAUUCACUACAUCGCUACGGCGAUGAAACUAUUUUGUAGUGUUUUAUACAUCUAGAAACUUGCACACAUUUAUACAAUAUAUUGUAUGGGCUUCUAAAUUGUAAGACUGUGAUAUGCACUAAUGUAUUGCUAUCUUAAUUAUAUAUUUUUAUUAAAUUCUAAAUAGAU